CACAAAAGUGGCCAGUGGGUAUUUACAGACAUCUAACGAAGUCAUGUUCAGAUUCAUAUUUUCAAUUUAUAAUUUAGAAAAUGAAAAAAAAAAAGAAAAGAAAAUUAAAGCUGUCAUUAAUGUUACACGUAACACUAAUAUGUUUAUGGGCUAUGCAUUCUAAAUAAAAACCCUUCUCAUGCAUGGUGUGCUGUGCAGUAUUAUUCUGAGCAAGUUAAACAUUACUGCUCAGGUAGAAACAGAGAGUGUUCCUCUCAUCAGUCUGAGGAAGAGCGUCCAGGUGAGGCAGGGUCUUCUUCUGGUUCUCACACACUUUCUGGCAGUGUUUCUCAGUGUGUGUGUGUGUUUAGGUCCCACUGAGGUUGGCCCUAACUGAAGGUUAAUGUCUGUUACAUACAUGAUACCAUCCUUUAGGUCCGUGCAGGGAGCGCGUUGACGAACAGCGCCGCCUCGUGGACAUGUAAAGCAUCUUCUAGAAAACAAGGUGAAUAACCCCGUCGUCAUCUCUGGUACGGAUUUCGUCUGCUUUCGCAUGAAAGUGAUUUUCUUCGACGCUCUCAUUCCAAACAGCGGCAGCUUCAUUCGUUAACGCGGGGCUCCAACGAGGCGGGAUCUACAUGUCAACACUUUGUUUCUUUCAGGACCGUUUUUAAAGUUACGCCGACUUCUCAAAACGGGUCAAGUGCGGGUCAAGUGCGACUCAAAGCGUUAAAAGCAGAACAAGAUCAUUCCAGAGCGGGGCAAGACUCGGCAGCGGCAUCAUGAGUGUGUGCGGAGCGGCUCGGUGCCGGUGGGCCCUGAGGAGGACCCUCCAGCAGAACCGAACCAGAACCGUCUGCGGGAGCGGGUCUGCCGACGGUUUCCGGGAGAAGCUGCAGGCGUUCUCCGGGGGAUCCGUGGAGCUCCGGAAGCAGCAGGAGUCCGGCAUCGCGGUGCUCACCGUCAACAACCCCGCGCGCAGGAACGCGUUCUCCGGCAGCAUGAUGCUUGAACUGGAGCAGCGGGUGUGUGACCUGGAGAGCUGGACCCAAGGGAAGGCUGUGAUCGUGCAGGGAGCUGCUGGAACCUUCUGCUCUGGAUCGGAUCUCAAUGCAGUCAGAGCCACAGCGAACCCACACGAUGGCUUGAAGAUGUGUGAGUUCAUGCAGGACACUCUCACCAGACUCCUCAGGCUGCCGCUCGUCUCAGCCGCUCUGGUGGAGGGAAGAGCACUGGGAGGAGGAGCAGAGCUCACCACUGCCUGCGACUUCAGGUUGAUGACGUCUGAUGGUGUUAUCCAGUUUGUUCAUAAGCACAUGGGUUUGGUACCUGGAUGGGGAGGAGCUGCCAGGCUAGUUCGUAUUGUUGGCAGUCAGAACGCCCUGACGCUACUGAGCGGGGCUAAAAAAGUCGAUCCAGACUUUGGAAAACAGAUAGGACUGGUUGAUGAGGUGCUCCACUGCUCUUCUGGUGAAGGACAAGCACUGUCUCACGCCGAGCGGUGGCUGGCUCAGUUCAUCAAGGGCCCAGCUCCGGUGAUCCAGGCACUGAAGAAGGUCGUCGUCUCGGGAAGAGAGCUUCCUCUGGACGAAGCCAUGAAAACCGAGAGAAGUGUGUUUGGGACCGUAUGGGGCGGCCCGGCCAACCUCGAAGCUCUGGCUGAAAAACCGAAGCAUAAGUGACCGAAAGGAUUGUUUUGCAGAGUUCGUGUCGACUUGCACAUGCACGUAUUACUAAAUUAAUAUCAUUUAUCUGAGUGGUGUUUCUUUCAGAGAUUUGCGGGAUUUUCUCCACAUUCAUGCAGUCCUUUAUUAAUGGCCUUUAUCCAACGCCAUAGCGUAACAUUCUUGUCUUAUUUUUGCGUAAAGCACAAACCAAAGCAAUGCUGGCUAAUUAAAACACAUGAAUCCAAGGUCAAUCAAACUCAGUGUGAAGGUGAGCGUCACCAUGCCUCAUCAAGAACUAAAUGCUUUGAUACCUUCAGUCCUAUUGAGCGUUCAUAGCUGUGUAUAAUUGUUUUUAUAGUCUUCAUAUUGAAUAUAUUCAUGGAAGAACCAUGCUUGAUGUGACUGGCCUCAUCCUGUCGGGUGAUCAGAAACUUGGACCAGUCCCUGAGGUAACGAGGUAUUGUGAAGUAUUGUGCCUGCGUUUAAAUUUCUUUACAAAACGAAUAAAAAAACGAAUCUUUUUGAAA